UAAUCCAGUGGUCAGUGCUGCUGUAGCCUACCAUAGUUCCAUCUGCUUCCUCACCUUCACAGUGGUCAGUGCUGCUCUAGCCUACCAUAGUUCCAUCUGCUACCUCACCUUCACAGUGGGCUCGUGAGGCAUGGAAGAGAUUCGUCUGGUGUGGAUGAAGCAGUUGCAUCUUUCUUCCACCAGCAGCAGCAGCAGCAGCACCUGCUGCCUGUGUUGACCCCCACAUCCUCUCUCCUCAACACAUGAAGCUCUGCUCAUCACCCAAUCAACACUAACACCUUCACUCAUCUCGUACUUUCUGCAUCACAUAUCUAAAACACAAGUAAGGGCGCAUUGUUGAUGGUAAAGACCACUGCCGGUUACUGACCAAUGGACGGAAUGGAGUAAAUGAGGCGGAUUGUUGUUGGUGGUAAAGACCGCUGCCGGUUACAGACCAGUAUACGGGAUGGAAUAAAUAAGUAUAGCAAACAUGGCCGACACUUUUGAUACCGACAGUGAAGUGGAGUAUGAAGAUUGUAUAUCAUUUGAUGUCCAGGAGCCGAAAAUGAAAAUCUUGGAGGUGCACAAACCAGUCCUUUCCAAUAUAGUCAUAGAAGACUUAGAAAUAGUACAUACUUGUGAAGGUUCGAGUUCGACUACUAAUAAAAUUUGCUCAAGUACUUUAAGGGACAACAGUAAAGAAAAUAAGUUACGGGCUUGUGAAGGCUGUAUAAGUUCACCUGAUCAAGUCGGAGGUUUGGAGGGCUCUCUGAAUUCACAAGCUAUAGGUACCAUCAGUUCUCCAGGAAAAUGUUACAUCAAUUGUUUGCCAAACGAGAUCUUACUGCACAUUUUCUCGUUUCUUAGUGUGCGUGAGUUGUGUAUCAGUGUUGUCCCUGUAUGUACCACCUGGCGGGACUUGGCCAAAGACAAAACACUGUGGACAAAUCUAGUGUUUUCUUUUCAGCACCGUGUAGAGGGAGAGAGAAUAAAGAGCUUACUGACAGCAUCGCCUUUGUUGGUCUCACUGGAACUUCAGAGUCGAGAGGACGGUGGAGACUUGUUGCUACACGCAGCAGCUUCUUGUCCUAAACUCCAGGAACUCACUGUCAAAUUUUGUGAUGAUUUAACAGAGAGAGUGUUUAAAUCUUUAAAGAGGAAUUGUCCCAACAUACGUUAUUUGAAUGUAGAAGGCUCAAAAGUAUGCUCCACUCAGUGUUACCAUCUAAUUGCUGGCUUCGGCCAAUUGAGAUAUUUGAAUUUAUCUCAUUGUCAGUUGUUAGAUAAUGCAGGAUUGACAGCUAUUGCAAGACAGUGUAACCAUCUUGAAUAUCUUGACAUUGAUGGCAUUACACAUAUACACGACUCUUCAGUAAUGUGUCUCACAAAGGCGCUAAGUCACUGUAUCAAGAACUUAUUCCUAGAUGGCGAACAUUUAACAGAUGCUUCAUAUUUGUCACUUCGAGAGUGUACACUUCUUCAGAAGCUCGGGAUUUCAUUUUGUGAAGAAAUGACCGAUGUUGGACUGUCUGGGAUAAAUGGUCUGAAACACCUGACCUGGCUGAAGCUUCGCAAAGGUAGCCAGUUGACUCCUUAUGGCUUGACAGCUCUCUUCCAGAAGGAAGGGUUAUCACAGUUAGCCUAUUUGAACCUUGGCGAGUGCUGCCUUAUGGACGACUCAGUGCUGAUUGCUCUUGCGUCUACCUGCCCUAGGCUGGUCCAUCUAGUGUUGCACUGGUGCUGGGAAGUAACAGAUGCAGGUAUUUCUGCUGUGGUGGCUGGCUGCCCACUACUUCGAGUCCUAGAUUUGGUCGGAGUUGUGCAGCUUACUGGCACAUCAUUCACAAAUGUUCCCACAGCUCUUCCUGACCUCCUUAUAUUAGAUCUUGAACAGUGCAACUGUAUUGAUGAAACCAUCUUAUACAGUAUAGUAUCUGAGAAGCCUUCACUUAGAGUGUUCGACUACUGGGGGGAUCCUGUAGUGCCGCCUGAACCAGACGACAAGGAAGGAGUCUUCAAAAGUUGGAAACGUUUUAGGAUAGAAAAUAAAUGUAAAGAAAUAAAAUCACUAACCGAAAAAGUCUCUCCCUAGGAUUGCUAUGGGCUUGCCAUCAUUGCAAAUAAUGCACUUCAAUAGCCUUGGAUUAAGUUCUGUGAUCAUCACUACUAUUGUUUACCAUAGCAGGACAUGAGAUAGAUUGUCAUAGUUUCUCUAAAUUUUAAAAUAUUUUUCAACGUUUAGAAAAAGUGUUUAACAUUUUGAGAGUGAAUAUGUUGCCAUUAAUUCUUAUUUCCACAAAACCACACUUUUUUUACUCGUCUAUAAUUAGAGAUGUAAACCAUUAAAAUGUGCUUCUUAUAUACUUGAUAAAUAGCAAUAACAAAUUAAUUUAAAAUAUAAAAAAAGAAUGUUUUAAUUAACACACGAAAUUAAUAAAUUUUAAUAGAAUGGCAAAUUGACAAAAACUGCAAUAAUUUAGGACGUGUAUAAUGAAAACUUUUUGGUCCUGGCGCCUUGGUCACUGCAGAUAUACAAGGAGGAUAAAAACAUGAGUUAUAUAGUAGGAGAGACUCUUCAGAGGAAUUGUAGACUGGCAGCAUGCUGCUGUCUCUGCUGGUGCAUGGAAUAAAGUUUGAUGAUCAUGUGUGUCAGCACUGUCCCACCCACCGGCAGAGACAACAGCAUGCUACUAGUCUUGUCUUCCCUAUUAUAUAAGCUCAUUCUUACCCUAAUGUACAUUGGCAGUGAACAAGGUCCCAGGACCGAAAGGUUUUCAUUAAACAUGUCCAAGUUAUUACAUAGUUUUUCCACUGCUUGUUGAUAUCACAUAACUAUAAUUAUUAAAAGUUUUUGUUUUAAUCGCUCUCAACACGUUGGUGCUUCAGGAUUUUGAUUCAACUGUGAGUUUUGUUCCUACAGAAAUACAGUUCUUAGGCGUUAAAAUGAUUGUAUUACCAAAAUUCUUUAUGGAUGUUAUUUUAUUGUAGAGUUUUAUAUAUUUACAAAGCAAGCAUGAAGCAAACUCCAGGGAGGCUGGAGUGAGGUAGGUAAGUCAGCAGUCACAUGGAUGGGUGAGGCCUUUUGGUGCUAGGUUACUCAGUACUAGGCUUUUCAUGCUUAGAUCAUGUUUCCAGAAAAGUUAUGCCACACUGGACCACUGCACUCUUUUCGCUCAAGUGAUCACUAGAUGUGAUCAAUGCAUACCUUCAAAGACACUAGCAUUAUGCCCUUGGUGAAUAUAAACAAUGGAAGACUAGCGAGAGACUCCGAUACUUCAAUGUGGCACACAUGUAAGACUCCAUUACAAUAAAACUCGUUACCCUUCUGCAACGCUCUCACUUCAGCCAGAUUCACUUCUUUUGCUACUCCAAGUUUCGGCCAUCAAAUGAAUUUCUGCUUGUCUUGUUAUUGUUUUCAUGUGCUACAAAAGCUGGUGGCCAUCCAUCACACUGCCGGACAUGUGGUUCUCACAGCACGAUCAUCAAAGACAACCACUUCCUGUCACUGAGGCAUCUAAUUUAAGAUCCCAUAAUUUUGAGUUAUAUCUCAUUUUAAUGCAGCUUUCUACAUGAUGCCAGUUAAUAUUUGUUUCUAAUAAAUUCUUGAAAAACAG